AAGGCGCUGGCUCAAAGGAGCAAACGAGUUGCGUGUCCAUUUGGAGACACCAGUUUUGCCCAGACUUCUCGCCCAAUGAGCGUCGCUUUCCUCAGCUUCGGCCGCGCGGUGGCGCCCCUUGCCCGGCCGAACGCCGCGGCAAGUGCCGCGCGGCCGGCUGCGGCCGCGGCCGCGGCGUCCGAAGCGCGGCGCGGCGCCGGCGGAGCCUUGGGCGCUGGGCUGGGGAUUUGCGCGGCUUUGGCGCAGGCGGCCACAGGCCGAGGUCGCUCGAGGCGGUUGCUCCAUGGUUCCCGGGUGGCCAUGGGUGGCUCGAUUCGGAUGAUCUCCAAAGAGGAGGCGCUUCCCGGGCGACAAGAGGAGCUGCGCAUCUCCGAGAAGCACUACGUCUUGGGGACCCCCAUGAAGGGUCCCUGGCCUGAGGGCCACGACAUGUUUGUCUUUGCCAACGGAUGUUUCUGGGGCAGCGAGAAGGGCAUUUGGAGACUGCCGGGCGGCGGCGUGUAUUCUACCGCCGUGGGCUAUGCUGGCGGCUUUACGGCCAACCCCACCUAUGAGGAAGCGUGCAGCGGCCGCACCGGCCACACGGAAGCGGUCCAAGUUGUCUUCGACCCCUCGAAGAUCGGCCUGGUGGACAUUCUGCGCUGGUUCUGGGAGGCCCAUGACCCCACGCAGGGCAUGGGACAGGGCAACGAUCGGGGCACGCAGUACCGGAGCGGCCUCUACUACUUCAACGAGGACCAGAAGCGCCUCUUCGAGGCGAGCAAAGUGGCCUACGAGGCGGCCCUGCAGGGGGCGAACCGGGGCCGGGGGCCCAUCACCACGGAGAUCCUGGCGUCUGCGGACUUCGAGGACAAGGUCUUCUACUAUGCCGAGGACUACCACCAGCAGUACUUGGCGAAGCCUAGGGCGCGGCCGUACUGCUCAGCGCAGCCCCAGGUGGUGCCUUUGCCCAGCUUCGAGUCCUGGUGUCCAGAAGACCUCCAGGAGAAGUACCGUCCCAAGCUUCCGGAGGAGUUCUGGCAGCAGCACGGGCCUUCACCGCACUGUGUGAUCAUGGCGCCCAACGAGCCAAUUCUUUGGCCCUGACGGCGACGCCACGCAAGUUGCGAGCUUCAAGAGCCCAGCCUAGCUGAAGGUUGCUCGAUCCCUGCUUUGUUAUCUCUGGAGGGGCUUCUGAGG